AACAAAACUUACAUGGAUAAAAGAUUGAUGUAACAAUAAGGUAUGUGACAUGUAAAGAACUAAGCAAGCUUGAUUUGGACGACGAGGUCGUCAGAUAUGAAGUCUUACUUCUAAAAAAGAUGGAAUCAAGAGGAACAAGAAAUCUGUCUUACAUUCAGCAAAUAAUCAAUGUGGUACAAACGGAACUUGCUCAAUUUUUCAUCAAAGAAUGGAACUCUCGUUACAAAUCAAUACAUGGUGAAUGGGAUGAUAACAAAAAUAGUGGCAAAAAAUUUUGCACUUUAGAAUCGGGUAGAAAGUUGGAUAAAAAACGAGAGUUAAAAUAUCAGGAUGGAGACACCAGUAAGUGGGACUGUACGAUAUUAUUUGAUGCAAUAAUUUUUUCAAAUUCAAUUGGAAAGCAUCUUGACAAAAAAACAAAGGAUGCUGUUCAUGCUUUCCGUUGUGAAAGAAACAAGUACGCACAUUGGUAUGAAAGGGAAUGUUCAGAUGAUGAUUUUGAUGAUAUAGUCAAUAUCAUUGAAAAGUCAUUUCAAGAUUUGAAAUUUUCUCUCAAUGAAAUCAUUGAAAUAAAAAAUCAUCGAAACUGUUUUAAUUCAUUCCAAGUUCUUCCUUCAAAACCUAAUCAUUUUUUCGUUGAGCGCACUGAAUUACGAGAUAGAAUUAUAAUAGAUCUUAAAAAAUUAAGGAAUGAUAACAAUGAUAAACUGACAUAUUUUUACAUCACUGGUAAUCCUGGCUGUGGUAAGUCGCAACUUGCAAGACAGGUUUGUAAAAAAUUAUCGUGUGAUUGGAAAAACAGAACUUCGUUUGUAAUGACCCUCGAUGGAAAAAAUUUGGAAUCUCUUUUAAAAACUUACUGUGAACUUGGAUACCGUUUAAACUGUGACAAGUAUAUGAUUAAAAACUGUAAAGAUGAAAACUGUUCCAUCACAGACAAAGUGAAGAAUUUGCAAUCGUUAGUAUCUACACGAUUAAAAUUCUGGCAAAAUUGGUUGAUCAUUGUAGACAACGUGGAGCAGCUCAGAAAAAUUUCUUCGUUACUUCCCCAAGUAGGUGAUCCCAUGUGGAUAAAUGGACAAAUAAUAGUAACUAUACAGAACACAGAUGCCGUACCUCAAGACGAUGGGUUUAACAAACAUAUUUCUAUAACAAGUGGAAUGAAUGAUAAGGAAUGUUUUCAACUGUUGAAGCAUUACACUAUUGAACAUGCUGAUGAUCAAUUGUUAAAUGAAGUAUCGCCUGCAUUAGAUCGUCAACCGCUGGCUUUGGCUGCCGCUGGUUAUUAUGUCAGUCGUGCAAACAAAGCAAACUGCUCAUUUACUUGGAAACAAUAUUUAAAGAAAAUAUUUUCAAAAGAACAAGAAAACAUGGACGCCACUUUUGUUAAACUUAACUCGGUAUAUCCUAGAAGUAUGUUACAAGCUUCACUUUUAGCUGUCAGACAAAAUGCUGAAGAAUCCUCAAUAUUGGCAAAUGUUAUUAACUUUUUUUCCGUGAUAUCGUUUGAUCCUAUACCACGUGACAUUAUUAUUUGUUAUGUUCAGAAAAUAGAUCCCAAACACUCAAAGGAAGAUAUAUGUCUUUGUUUAAAGGACUGCUCAUUGUUCUUGCAAUCAGAAAAUAAUGACAUUAGUCCAAAUCAUGUUGAUGUCGCUACGUCUUUAAACAAUCUUGGUAAUGUGUAUAGUGAUACUGGAAACUUCGACAAAGCUAUAGAGUUUCAUGAAAAAGCUCUGGAAAUUCGAAAACAAUCCUUAGGUCCAAAUCAUGUUGAUGUUGCUUGGUCUAUAAACAAUCUUGGUAAUGUGUAUAAAGAUACUGGAAACUACGACAAAGCUGUAGAAUUUCAUGAAAAAGCUCUGGAAAUUAGAAAACAAUCGUUAGGUCCAAAUCAUGUUGAUGUCGCUACGUCUUUAAACAAUCUUGGUAAUGUGUAUAGUUAUACUGGAAACUACGACAAAGCUAUAGAGUUUCAUGAAAAAGCUCUGGAAAUUCGAAAACAAUCGUUAGGUCCAAAUCAUGUUGAUGUUGCUGGGUCUUUAAACAAUCUUGGUAAUGUAUAUAAAGAUACUGGAAACUACGACAAAGCUGUAGAAUUUCAUAAAAAAGCUCUGGGAAUUCGAAAACAAUCGUUAGGUCCAAAUCAUGUUGAUGUUGCUGGGUCUUUAAACAAUCUUGGUAAUGUGUAUAAUAAUACUGGAAACUACGACAAAGCUAUAGAAUUUCAUGAAAAAGCUCUGGAAAUUAAAAAACAAUCGUUAGGUCCAAAUCAUGUUGAUGUCGCUUCGUCUUUAAACAAUCUUGGUUUGGUGUUACAUGAAACUGGAAACUACGACAAAGCUAUAGAGUUUCACGAAAAAGCUCUGGAAAUUCAUAAACAAUCGUUAGGUCCAAAUCAUGUUAAUGUCGCUACGUCUUUAAACAAUCUUGGUAAUGUGUAUAGUGAUACUGGAAACUACGACAAAGCUAUAGAGUUUCAUGAAAAAGCUCUGGAAAUUCGAAAACAAUCGUUAGGUCCAAAUCAUGUUGAUACCGUUAGAGCAAGGCUUCCACCUGACAAGUCAGCUCCCCUCUUGCCCAAAAGUUUCACUGAUAACUAG